AUGUAUGAACUUGAUUCGCGCAAUGAGGCGACAUUAUAUGACGUCAUGCUACGAUCUCAACGUCUUGCCUACAACUUAUUCGAACAAUCGUGGGAAUGGGAUGGCGACGAACAAAAGGACUCACUAUUGAGCGAGACUAUGCUCAUAAAUGCUUCACGUCUCCUCUAUGACAAUACUGAUGAUAAAUACGCGAAUCGCGUCAGAAGGCACAAUCCUGAUAGAGUUACAUCUAUUAUAUACUGGCACAGAAACGAAAGCGAUUAUUUCAUGAUGCUGAACCUAGGCUUAGCUCGACCGUUUGGCUCGAACACCAUUUCGUCAUUUUAUGGAGCAAACGAUACAGUGAAAAGUCGUCCGGUUUCUUCUUCGGCCGGUGUGCUUAUAAUGCGAAAGAAGUGGGAUGGAGCACCGUUGCAGCUCUACAUGGCGGCAACGGCAUCUGGUUCACUGCGUACGGUGGAAGCUGUGGCCACUGUUAUUCUUCGUAUGCUAUGGCUGGACGAGGAUCCAGGAACAGCCGCUUGCGCAUCAUCACUCUACCACGAUUACCGCGACGGACACUGCUACUGUGAUAAAGGUUGCCAGCAUGGACCAGGCUGUACGACGACACCGCCUAGAGAUCUGGAGGCUCAAGAUCGUAUCGUCAUGGCUAUCAAACGACGUUCAGCAAACAGUGCUUUAGUUGCCGCUACAGAUGACCGGGAUCCUGAUUUUAACUAUGCCGUCGGCUAUUAA